GAUAGAAUUCCGGUACUAUAUUCUGAUCCCCUUUCCAGUCCCGUCAUUGGGAGCUCAAUUGAAUGAAGCUUUGAAGAAAGAACAAAACAGAGGAAGAAGAACGCGACGACGACAGAGAAAGAGGAAGUGGAGGAGGAGGAGAAGAAAGAGAAGAGAAUUUUAAAGAAUAAAACUGUUUACUUGUGAUCAGGAUCAAAAGGAGGGAGAUAGUUGCAGUAAUGCCCGUCAUCGCCGGAGGACUCGCCGGAGCGGAGUUAGAGGUGGACCCUACAAUCCCCGCUUUCAAGUCCUGGGCCGCCCGUAGGUGACGCUCUGCUGCUAACGCCAUCGCCAAGUUCAUCCCUGAAUCAGAGGAGGCGAGCAAAAAGGGGGGGGGAAGGGAAGAGAGGAAGGAGGAAGGAGGAAGGAGGAAGGAGGGAGGAGACUAGGGUUCUGGUCGAAUUUAGACCCGACCUGAUAAAGCCUAGGGUUUUAGUCGAAUCUUACACUGUCCUUGCGAUAAGCCGUCCACGUGUUCAGACACACGUUUUAUCAUCUUAACCGAUCUCCCCAGUAUCCGCCAACUUCCGUCGCCGCAGAGGAUUUCUAUCCCACGGAGCCUUAUAUGUAAUCUUAAACCCUUUAAAGUGUCGUAGAGUUGGUUAUUACCUCAAGAAGUAAGUGGUCAUGAGUUCAACUCUCCUCCGUGCCAAACUAUCGAAUAGAUGGGGAGAUUCCUCUUCACCGCAGGGGUGAAGACCGCAGAGAAACUCGGUCCGAAGAAAAACCGUCACUUUCGAGGCAUUUAUUCGAAGUUUAAGCGAUGCUCUGCUCUUUUUCUACUGUUGCUAUGUUCCUUUUCCUAGGAGAGAGAUCAAGGAUGGCCAUGGCGACACUUCUUCUGGUUCUGCUUCUGGCUUUACUACUACCUUUGAAGGCUGACGAAGUCUUCGACGUGCGGAAGCAUCUCUCCACAGUUACGAGAUAUGAUUUUGCGAACGUUGCUACUGCCGAUAACUAUGUAGCUUCUACCAUUCCAGAUGGAUGCACUACAAUUCACAUAAAUCUUGUGGCAAGGCAUGGAACUCGGGCUCCUACCAAGAAACGUAUUAGGGAAUUAGAUAACAUGGCCAGUCGUUUGGAAGUUCUUCUAAGAGAUGCAAAAGUUGAGGCACAAAAAGGCAAUGCAUCUUUGCAGAAAAUUCCUUCUUGGUUAUGGGGAUGGCAAUCUCCUUGGAAAGGAAGGCAGCGGGGUGGAGAAUUGAUUACUAUUGGAGAAAAUGAGAUGUAUCAUCUUGCAGUUAGAAUCAGAGAAAGAUUUCCAGAUUUAUUUGAUGAAGAAUAUCACCCUAACACAUUUGUGGUUAAGGCAACCCAGGUUCCUCGGGCUUCUGCUAGUGCUGUGGCAUUUGGUAUUGGGCUCUUUGAAGGGAAAGGUAGUCUUGGAACAGGAAAGCAUUGUGCUUUUUCCGUAAUCAGUGAGAGCCGUGCUAGUGAUAUAUUGCUGAGGUUUCAUGAUUGUUGUGAAAGUUAUAAGGCAUACAGGAAAAGUCAGGAGCCAGCUGUUGACAAGCUUAAGGAAGCUACCAUGGAUGAAAUUACAUCUGCAUUAGUGAGUCGCUAUGAGCUGAAUUUCACAAGACAGGACACUGCUUCGCUCUGGUUUCUGUGCAAGCAGGAGGCAUCAUUAUUGGACAUAACUGACCAAGCUUGCAGCCUUUUCAGCCCUUUUGAGAUGUAUGUCCCCCAGGAGAAAUGGCAUAUUUCCACAUGGAUGGCUGUUAAAACUAGGGAGAAGGUUGCAAGCGCUGUUUUCCUGAUGACUGCUAGGAUUCCAGAUGCGGAGUUCUCACAUCAGAUUUCUUUACUGGAGUGGACAGAUGAUCUAGAACUAUUUAUACUGAAGGGUUAUGGUAAAUCAAUAAAUUAUCACAUGGGAGUGCCACUACUUCAAGAUGUUGUUCAGGCCAUGGAACAAGCUAUUAAGUCCAAUGAAGAAAACCUUGUUCCAGGCACUUAUGAGAAGGCAAGGCUUCGUUUUGCACAUGCUGAGACAGUGGUACCAUUCUCUUGUUUGAUAGGACUAUUUCUUGAGGGAUCUGAAUUUGAACAAAUACUGAGGGAGCAACCUUUGGAACUACCUCCCAAACCUCCCCAGCCAAGAAACUGGAAGGGUAGCAUAGUGGCACCUUUUGCUGGAAACAAUAUGCUGGUUUUGCACAGCUGUCCAGACAACAAUUCUAGAAAGUAUUUUGUGCAGGUACUGCACAACGAAGUUCCAGUUCCUUUGCCGGGUUGUGAUAAUAAGGAUUUCUGUCCAUUUGAUGAUUUCAAGGAAAGGAUCGUCAAUCCUCAUUUAAAGCAUGACUAUGAUUCACUUUGCAGUAAAAAGUCAGAAGGUCAGGAGCCCAAACCUGUUACUAGUAAGUUGACACAGUUAUACCGUUGGUUGUUCUGGCAGGAUGGUAACACACGGAAGGACAAAGUUGAGUUGUAGUUAUUUUUCCAGGAAAGGAAGUUUUAUAUUCUCUUUCUGUGGCAGCAAUUUCUUCUUUGUAACUUGUGUAUCAGCUAAGACCAGGCCUUUCUUCUAGCAAGUCCACUCUAUGAGGUCCCAUCACAACUUGAGGUUAUGAGCUUGAUUCUGGAAUUCUCAUCAAAGGAAUUUAACUACAGGAAGUACAAUGCCCAUCAUUUUGUGAGGUUGAACUGAUUGAAUUGUUUUUUUUUUUUUUUGGGGGGUGGUGGUGGUUUACUAGUAUCAAAGUUGUAUCCUAUUCCUGGUUCAGUGUUCUCAGUGAUGCCAAAUUUUUUCACUUCUACUUUGGUUUCAUAGAUGUUUCUGUUGAAGAAUUAGGUUAUGUUUGUCUAAUCUCACACACCACAGAAGUGAUAGAACCUUUAAUCUUAGGAUAAACAGCACCUAAUGGAUAUAUUUCUUGUCAAGUUUUGAAUUGAUGUUGAAUAUGGUUUUGUAGCAA